GCCACUUACUGAGCUCCACGCUAGACUUCGCCAUGGGGUGAGGCCACCAUUCCCGUGGAAAAGAAGGAGUUAAUGGCAGAAAGCUCUGGGAGGAGACCCUCCCGGAAGGUCGAUGAUGAUGAUACCCCUAGCUUCUUGCGGAAGACCAUAGCGGCGGCUGUGCGAGGCAAUGAGGCACGGCAAAAGUGGAAGCAACUGGAACGGAGUGCCAAGUCAAGCCUAGCGAAUGUCGAGGAGGAUGCCUCUCCAAUAAGCAGGCCAAGGGCCAACAGCGUCUUCCAAAUCAUGGCCCCUUCGCAGCUGAAACCUCGGCUGUCGAUGGUGGAAACGGAUGAGGCGAAACGCAGAUGCAUCAGAACUUUGGGAAGUUCCUCUGCGGCUUUUGAGACGCACAGUAUGAAGGAUGUAGUUGAAAGGGUGCCGCUAUACAAUGGCUGCUCCUCACGCUUCCUUGAGGCACUGGCGCCAAUGGUACAUUCUCGGUUGGUGGAAGCUGGCACUGACAUCGUUGUGGAGGGCGAAGUGGGUGACUGCAUGUACAUCCUGAGCCGUGGAGAUGCUGAACUCUUCAAGGGUGAUGAGAUGGUAGAAAAAACUGAGGACGGUGCUGUCUUCGGCGAGUAUUCCUCUAUUUCCAAACUUCCAGCGUUGACGACUCGACCUUGGACAGUUCGGGCCACGUCCCUUUGUGAUGUCAAGAUGCUUCAACGCGAUGAUGUCUUGCAGGUAUUGAGUCACUUCAGAGACGAUGCAAAUCUCCUGAAGAAGCGCAUUGAGUUGUACGUUGAAAGCCUGCAAAAGAAGGGUGCGAUGCCUGCAAAAAAGGAAUGGUGGCAGAUCAGACGACAUUCUGCGGCCUCGAACACUUCGGCAUGCAGCGAUAAGGUUGGGAAUAAGACAGAGGGUACAGCGGGCUUUCGUUCAGCAGUGGGUCGAGCACUCACAGGCAUCAAGUUGGCUCGGCGUUUCUCCGUAGGUGGUGGAGCCCUUCCAACUUCCCAGACUACGACCUUGCCAAUAUUUGGGGGCCCCGUGCAGCGCCGCCGUAUGAGUGACAGCAUGCUGGUGGCUAACCUUUCUGAACGGAUGGCACAGCGGCAAAGUUCAAAGUCCAGCCAAGUGAGUAUGCAAUCCAUCCAAGAACGAGAUGGAGCCGAUUCAGCAAGCGCCAGUUCGAGUUCCAGCUCAAGCUCCAGUGAAGUGCCACUCCCGAUGAGUCCCCAGCGCUCUGAGGAGCCGGUAGACUCGGUAGACUUUCAGGCGAGUCACAGCAUUCGAAUCCUUCAAGCUGAAGCUGAGAACGAGACUGUGGCUGUUGCGCCUGUUUCGGGAGGCGCGUCCGAGGAUUUGCAUGGCAGCAUGGCCAAGAGGCUGGUGCACGACCUCUUGGUGCAAGAAGAAGAGGAGGUGAGUCUUCGGACUUUCUCUCCUGUCUCUCCUGCCAGUGCAGGCACGGUGAAGUUUGAGGAUCUGGGAGAGGAGUUGAGCAACAAGGAGAUCUCUACACCUCCCGCCCCUCCAGCACCUUCACUUCCAAGCAUUCAGAGAUCCUUACAUGUGCAUGGCAGCUCUGUGGAUGAUGGGUCUCCAGUGCAGGACAGCCCUUGCGGCCCUAGCCUCCCGAACGCAGAAAUGGCAACCAUCAAGCUUCCAGCAGCUACAAGGAGUGGCGAACCCGGUUCAGCAACAACGGUUUAA